CCUCCCCCGAAACCGUCUCUCCCUCCCCCCUCUCUCUCUCUCUCUCUCUCUCGCUCGUCUCUCCCUCCCCCCGAAACCGUCGCCGUCGCCACCUACGCUGCUUGAUUUCGGCGUGUUCCGGCGGGCCUCGCCGGCACGCAGCACAGAUCUGAGAUCCCCUGCCUCCGCUCUUCCCUUCCUUCCGGCCAGAUCCACCUCUCGCGGCCCUGGGAGCUCACCCCCGACCCCUUCCCAUGGCUAGGGUUUCGAGGGUGGCGUCCCCACCAACUCCAGCGCUGCAGCGGCGACUGUGCUCCGCCCUCUUCGACGCCCACCGCAAGUCCCACAGGUGGUUCCGCCUCGUGGAUGGUGCUCCUGCACCCGAUGGCUGCGGGGUGGACGCGCGCUAUGGGUAUACUCCGGCGACGCGGAACACACUUCCUCUACUCUUCCUUGCGGGGGUGGGGGUGGGGGAUGAAGAUCAAGGAGGAUGAUAAGCAGAAGAAGAAGCCGGCCAGGACGUGCGUCCAGAUCGAGGAGAUCCCCGAGGACAACACCGCCGGCUGCGACGCCAUCCGCAAGGCCUUUGCUAUGGGGAACGGCAAGGGGAAGGCCAAGGAGUUGUCGCCGCAGGAUGCCGCGCUGCUCAUCCAGAUGAACUACAGGCCGCACCUCGCCCACCGCUCCCAGGUGCUCCGCUGCCUGCGUGAUCUCGCCGUCGCCAAGGCCAAGCUCAAGGAGCUCAGGUCCCUCUUCUACAACCUCUCCUACAGGCGCCGCCUCUCGCAUGACCACGAGGAGUGCCAGAGGUUCUCCGAGAAGAUCAUUGUCCUGCUGCUCACUGUCGAUGCGCUCGAGAAAUAUGCUCGGAAGAACAAGGUUUCGGAACCAGAUUCAUAUUUGCAGGAUAAUAAGGUGUUGUUGCAUAAGUCGAAUGGACCAACUAGCAGGCGCCGUGUUUCCUGAAGUGUUGUGACCAUGGAGGACUUGGUGCAUCGAGCACCUUGAGUCCUUACUGCGUGCAUGCCUGUCUUGAAUGCUAGUGCACACUUCACGCCAGCGCCUUCACCUUCUCCACAAACGACCAGAGUUCCCAAGUCUGAGGAUGCGCGCACGACAGCGACACCUUUAGUUGCUGAUUUGCUUCAGAUCAUGGAAGCUUGGGUUGAUGGAGUGCUUGUCUUUAGUUUUUGUUUUGACUUUGUAAAACUUGCUACCUAUGGAUGAAACUAUGUAAUAUUGAUGAAACUAUGUAUAUGUAUGGAUGAAACUUGCUACUGUUGAUAAUAUAUGUUGGAUAUGUGUUGGAUAUAUAUGUGUUCAUGACUAUUGAUAAUAUAUGUUGGAUAUG